GGCGGGACUUUAGAGCCCCGGAGUGACUGAGCUUCGCGGGAGCGGCGAAGGCUGGAGGAUAGAUCCGUCCGGCCGCGGACUUGGAGAAAAUGACGGCCAUCAAGCAUGCCUUACAGAGAGAUAUUUUUACUCCAAAUGAUGAGCGUUUACUGAGCAUUGUUAAUGUUUGCAAAGCAGGCAAAAAAAAGAGAAACUGUUUCUUAUGUGCUACAGUGACAACUGAACGCCCAGUGCAGGUGAAGGUGAUCAAGGUGAAAAAAUCUGAUAAAGGUGAUUUCUACAAGAGGCAGAUUGCAUGGGAGCUUCGAGAUCUCACUGUUGUUGAUGCCAAGGAUGCCAUCAAAGAAAGUUCUGAGUUUGAUCUGCAUUUUGAAAAAGUAUACAAAUGGGUUGCUAGCAGCAUAGCAGAAAAGAAUACUUUUAUUUCAUGUAUUUGGAAACUCAAUCAGCGGUAUAUUAGGAAGAAGAUUGACUUCAUCAAUGUUAGUUCACAGCUUCUGGAAGAAUCGGUUCCCAGUGGUGAAAAUCAGAAUGUGGCAGGAACAGAUGAAGAGGCUGUGGAUGAAUACCAAGAAUUAAAUGCUAGAGAAGAGCAGGAUAUUGAAAUCAUGAUGGAAGGCUGUGAAUAUGCUAUCUCUAAUGCAGAAGCCUUUGCAGAUAAGCUGUCCAGAGAGCUACAGGUUCUUGAUGGGGCAAACAUCCAGUCAAUCAUGGCCUCUGAGAAACAGGUGAACAUUUUGAUGAAAUUGCUGGAUGAGGCCCUGAAAGAAGUGGACCAAAUCGAGGUGAAGCUGAGUAGUUAUGAAGAAAUGCUCCGGAGUGUAAAAGAACAAAUGGAUCAGAUUUCAGAAAGCAACCAUCUCAUUCACCUCAGCAACACGAACAACCUAAAACUGCUGUCAGAGAUAGAGUUCCUUGUUAACCAUAUGGAUUUGGCCAAAGGUCAUAUCAAGGCCCUCCAGGAAGGAGACCUCUCCUCUUCACGCGGCAUUGAGGCCUGCACAAAUGCAGCAGACGCACUUUUACAAUGCAUGAAUGUAGCUCUUCAGCCAGGACAUGAAUUGCUUUAUGCGAUCAGUCAGCAGCAGCAGCGAUUCGGCGACCUGCGUGAGCUGUUUGCACGAAGGCUAGCCAGUCACCUCAACAAUGUCUUCGUUCAACAGUUUAUUGAACUGGAGAAGGGUCUCAGUAACAGGUCGUACUAUCUUUCAGUUUCUGGCCACGACCAAAGCUCCACUCUUGCCCAGCACUCUGCUGAGUUGACCUUGCCAAACCAUCACCCUUUUCACCGAGACCUGCUCCGGUAUGCCAAACUUAUGGAAUGGUUAAAGAACACAGAUUAUGGGAAAUACGAAGGGCUGACAAAGAACUAUAUGGAUUAUUUAUCACGUUUAUAUGAUAGAGAGAUAAAGGACUUCUUUGAAGUGGCCAAGAUUAAAAUGACAGGCGCAACUAAGGAAGGAAAGAAGUUUGCCACCCUGCCUCGAAAAGAAAGUGCUGUCAAACAGGAAACAGAGAGCCUUCACGGAAGCUCCGGGAAAUUGACCGGCUCAACGUCUAGCUUGAACAAACUGUCCGUUCAGAGUUCAGGAAGUCGUAGAUCUCAGUCGUCCUCGUUGCUAGACAUGGGAAACAUGUCCGCUUCUGACCUUGAUGUAGCAGAUAGGACUAAGUUUGAUAAGAUUUUUGAACAGGUCUUAAGUGAAUUAGAGCCCCUUUGUCUGGCAGAACAAGACUUCAUUAGUAAAUUCUUCAAACUUCAACAGCAUCUCAGCAUUCCUGGAACACCAGUGAGUGAUACUGAGGAGACCGAUGGAGGAACUUUAACAAAAGCACACAAUAUUGGUGGCCUGCAAUCAGCAUAUUCUGAGAAUCACAUGAUCCGGCAAAUGAUGACAAAAAUAUUUCGCUGUGUUGAACUAGAACUGAAUAACCUCAUUGCUCUGGGGGACAAGAUCGACAGCUUCAAUUCCCUCUAUAUGCUAGUGAAAAUGAGUCAUCAUGUGUGGACAGCACAGAAUGUGGAUCCAACGUCCUUCCUUAGCACAACUCUUGGAAAUGUUUUAGUGACUGUCAAACGAAACUUUGAUAAAUGCAUUAGUAAUCAGAUAAAGCAGAUGGAAGAUGUAAAGAUAUCCAAGAAGAGCAAAGUUGGAAUUCUUCCUUUUGUUGCUGAAUUUGAAGAGUUUGCAGCCUUGGCUGAAUCUAUAUUCAGAAAUGCCGAACGCAGAGGGGAUCUAGAUAAAGCUUACCUGAAACUUAUUCGUGCAGUUUUUGCUAACGUUGAGAAAGUAGCAAAUGAAAGCCAGAAGACUCCUCGGGAUGUGGUUAUGAUGGAGAACUUCCACCAUAUCUUUGCAACCCUCUCUCGUUUGAAGAUCUCCUGUCUAGAGGCUGAGAAAAAAGAAGCUAAACAACAGUACACAGAUUACUUACAGUCAUACGUGAUCUACUCUUUGGGGCAGCCACUUGAGAAAUUAAAUCACUUCUUUGAGGGUGUGGAAGCCCGUGUGGCUCAAGGAGUGCGAGAAGAAGAAGUGAGCUACCAGUUGGCCUUCAGUAAACAAGAGCUAAGAAAGGUUAUUAAGGAGUAUCCCGGCAAAGAAGUCAAAAAAGGAUUGGACAACCUUUAUAAAAAGGUGGACAAACAUCUGUGUGAAGAAGAGAACCUACUUCAGGUGGUGUGGCACUCCAUGCAAGAUGAAUUCAUACGGCAAUACAAGCAUUUUGAAGGCUUAAUAGCACGUUGCUAUCCCGGUUCUGGAAUUACUAUGGAAUUUACUAUUCAGGAUAUUUUAGAUUACUUCUCCAGCAUUGCACAGUCACACUGAAAUUUUCCUGGCGCAAAGCAAGAUAAGCUCACAAAGCUGCUGGUAAAAGCAUUGUUGACAUUGGAAGUUCUCAUUUUGAGGAACGGCAGGAUGUUCUUAAUCAUCUUCAUACAUAUCAGCAGUUGACUUGGGCCAGCUUUCCUCAAUGUAACGUUGUGUUAUAUAAAAUUGGAUUACAGCUGUGAAAAUUCACAGCAGAGUUGUC